AACAGGUUUUGAAAAGUAUUUCGAUAAAGACAAAAAAACCAAAAAAGAUGAUCAAAAGUCUGACAGCUCUGCUAGCAAACCGACCUCUUUCGACAACGUAUUUAAAAAGAAAAUCAAUCGAAUUUCACAAGGCAUCAAUUUCAUCAAUAAAUAAUAUACAUAGAGCAUGUUUACAAGCCAUUGUAAACAAAUCUUUGACUAUUGAUGGUCCAACACCAACAAACAUUUCCAAAAACUCUGAACCAGAAACGGAUAAAAACGGAACAUCUGCUUCACCAGCCGUUGCUUUUGCGAGUAAUGUUUUACCGAUACCCAGAGGUCCUAAGAACAAAAAAUGGAAAUUAUAUUAAUUCAAGAUGAGCAACCAAACAAGUACAACUGAUACAACAUUUAAAAUGCCUAAGGCACCUCCAGUUUAUCCAUCUCAAUCUGAAGUUUUACUUGUUCAAGACAUUAUUAUUUAAAUAUUAAAUUAGCAAUU